AUGAGCACGACAACUAAACUGUUUGUUGAUGGUGGAACAUAUCGGUUUAAUGGUUUAUUAUCAGACUUAAAGCACUUUGUCGAUGAAACUUUGGGACUUAAAGGGAAUUGGAGUUCCCCUGGCGGUGAUGCCAAGCUCUUUAAUGCCGCAGAUUCUGGAUAUGCUAUCAAAUGGUGUGGUCACUCUAAAAAGCUUGUGAUUCAAACUGAUAAUGAACACUACUUGAAGCGAAAAUUUGCGAGUUUGGCGAAUCCAGUUGGGAGCGACGUGGCAGCUGGCCCAAGCAACGGUGUUUCGGUACCUAAGGUAUGCACAUGUCCUUAUACUUGUGUUAACAGUAAUAUAGUCGCUGAACUCGAGGGUGUAAAACUUGAUAUGACGAUUCUAGAGUCCCGUUUAUUUGCUUCAAUUUCCCAACAAGAGUCUAAGUCUGACGAUAUUAACUCACUUCGCGCUAAACAGAAGGACAUGGAGGCCAUUAUAAAUAAAAAAGACGAAGUAAUCUGCAAACUUAAUGAGGAAAUUCAAUACAUUAAGACAAAAUUAUUAUCCCUUGAGCGCGGUGGAGCCCUAAACGACCUUGCGAACAAAGGUAGUGGAUUAAUUAAUGUAUCUAAUGAAAUUCCUAACAACCCUAAGAACAAAGAGCCUAGCCAAGAUAAUAAUGCAUUCAAUACAAUGGAUGAUUCAUUUGGUUUUACCAACGAGUUACCUACUAUUAUGAAUAAGAAUCAGUUAAGCUCAACUAUUAUCAGUGAAAUUCCUUCGUCCAAUGGUGAAGAUCAACAUGAUAAUUUGAUAAACGCCACUGUAAUUGUAGAUCAAUUAACGAGCCCCAUAUUGGCAUACACCAAAGAUGCACCCCCGAGUAAACAACAAGGAAUUAUUAAUGCACAUAGAAAUAGGAUACCUAUUUCAAGAUUGCAAACACAGCCGUCUAAUGAGCAGAUUCCUAAAAGCACUAUUCCUUGCCCUUUUCUCUCGCGGCGGGGCUGGUGUAUUAAGAAGCAAAACUGUGAUUUUAAACACCCACAACAUCUGCAUCCAAAAAAGCCAUGGGAUAAUAUGCCUAAAUACAGAAUACGUUGCCCCUUUCUACAAAGGAGAGGGUUUUGCUUGAAAGGAGACCAAUGUGAUUUUUCACAUAGUGAUACCUCAAAUAUUCCGUCGACUCAAAGGCCUAACAUGAACUAUCCUAGUCCUUUUUUAUCCUACCAGCAAAGGAAAAUGCCAAAUUACAACUGGCAAGUCCCCCCAAACUACCCCAUGAUACCAUGGUCAACCUACCCUUGGCCAAAACCCCUAAUGGAUAUCCCAAUAUAUUCACCUCGUAUAGCACAUCAACCAACCUACCCCCUCCACCUACGACGCCCCGUUUAUUGA